AUGGCUGUGCUGCUGCUGCUCGCCGCCACCACUGAGCCAAGCGUCCUCGAUCGCAUUCCUCAACCGAAGGACCGAAUUUUGGAGUUGGAUCGGAAGGAGAUGGACCGAGUAUGGUAUAUCGCUGCCGUCAGAGGGUUGCUCAAGUCAAAAGGACGGCACGAGGCAAAAUCCGUUGGGCGACUGGAGGGCAUCGUAUUCGACGAGUGCGCGAGGAACGCGAAAACAGUACAAAAAUUAGCCAUAUGCGUGACGCACGUGCUCGCCGAGCGGGACCGCAUCAAAUCUCAGAAAAUCACUCGGCCCUUGCCGCCUUCAUAUUACGUGACAACGAGGAGUGAGAAACGGCGUCGGCCGCUGCGUCGGGUACGCGUCAAUAGGAAAAAACGGAGUAUGGCACCACACGAGGAUCCCUUCGAAAUCGAUCGGCUCGACCGGCUCGAGCGUAAAUUGGAGCGGAUCGUCAACUUUUCGGAGCGCUCGAAACGCAGUGUGGAUUCCCACCGUAAACUCCCAAAAAACGUGGAAAGCCUUCGGCGGUUGCAGCGGUACUUUGAAAAGGUCGACCAUUGCAAUGAAUAUUUGCGGACGAUGAAUGAUGAAAAUCAACGUACCCUUCGCCGCCUAAACGUCCCGCUCGCUACGGAGACGCCACGAAUUGAGGCUGCCUCAGCCGCCUACAGCCAAAUCCUCGACUUGGUCAAUGUGUUUCUGGAAGCCGAGUGGAAAGAUAGCGAUGAUGCGAUGGAGAGAUGGGAACAACAGGAACAAAUUCUGAAAGCCGUUGGCGCUGCAACGAUCGGUCAAGUGAAGCACGAGUGCUUCGAAGGCACGAUAGCCGCAGAACAACUUCCCGAAGAACAACGACACGGUAUGAAGCGACUGGCAAGCGAGAAUGUGCAGGUCGAAUCUCGACACGGCAAACUGGAGGGACACGCGCGACGAGCGGCAGGGAGCAAGACAAGGAUCGACUACUAUUGGAUU